AUGUUGAGACUACUUCGCACUCCUGUUACCCGCGCCCCGAUCAACCGCGUUCCUGCGGUCUUGUCGUCCCGAGUCGUCGCAAGGGGACUCCACCCCGAGGUGCAUUCCAUCAAGGGGGACGACUUUUACUUGGCUCCCACUUUCCCGGACGAUUUUGAAUCCCCGACGAUGUAUAAGAACAACGUUGGAACGAGUCAGUGGGACGAGAUCCACGCCACGUUUAGCGAGGCUUCGGUCAAGGCCGACCGUGGCGAAGUCAGCUUUCAGACCGUGUCUGAACAGGGAUUGGAUGGGCUGGCACCGGAGGAGAUGGAGCCCAAAUUGGACGAGAUGUAG